AGUCACGUGGUCCUAAGCGGUCCUUCGGUCUCUUGCGUAGCUAGGGCAAUGUAGCCAUAGAGAUAUAAGUCUAGUACUCUUCUCUUGAAUUGUCGAUCCACGCAGACUUCCUGUUUUUUGAAGGAAGUGACGUCUUUUGUCCCUCGUCCGUCCACCCCUUUCUCUUACGCGAAAAACGUAACUGCUGACGUAGUGCGCUGGCGGGUAAUUUUGAAAAACAAGUGAGAAGAGAGAGGGCGGAGCGGCACGAAGGGAUUUCUGAGGGAAGCGACGCCGGCGGGUCGAGCGUUGGGGCCUUUCCCUCGUCUCCGCUUGCGCGCCGAGAAAGAAACUGCCGCCGCCACAGCGGACGCCGGUACUAUAUAGGCCUCGCUUCAGCGGGUGAGGGCGAUCUCUUCAAGCCGUCUCCACUUUUCCUGCUUGUUCGGGGUGAAAAAGAAGACUUCCUUUGUCAUCUGUAUAUAUUUUUUUACUCUGAAUUUGGUCUUCCAACAAUGAGGCGCAGCUCAAGCACAAGCCGCAUCAGUUGCCGGCAGUCCAUCCAACCUCUCAGGGUGCAUGAUACCAACAAGGCAGGACUCCACACACCUCAGACGCAAGAGCGGAGGACAACCUUUGGAAAGCUAAGUACCGGGAAACAUGCAGUGGGAACCUCAGAGAAGAGGACUAGUGUUUUUGGCAAAAGGUCCAGUGGCCCUGGAAGCCUUCGAAACAGCCAGUAUGGUGUAUUUGGAAGUAUGGAAAAGAUCAAGGAACCUAGGCCACUUCAUGACAAAGCAUUUAUUCAGCAAUGUAUCCGUCAACUCUGUGAUUUUCUUACAACAUAUGACUAUGGUCCUACUGUCUCUGUCAAGUCACUCCAGACACCAUCUGUUAAAGAUUUUGUGAAAAUCUUCAGUUUUAUAUAUGAACUUAUUUGCCCUUCCUAUGAACUUCCUAGCACAAAGUUUGAAGAAGAGAUCCCAAGAAUUUUUAAAGAACUUGGGUAUCCCUUUGCUUUGUCAAAAAGCUCUAUGUACACAGUGGGAGCACCACAUACAUGGCCUCAAAUUGUAGCAGCAUUGGUCUGGCUGACAGAUUGUGUCAAGUUGUUCUUUUGCUUGAAAGAAAACCCACAAUCAUUUGAUGAAGAACAGCCUAUAGGAGAAACUGAGGAUGGAAUAGUACACAACAAGCUCUUUUUAGACUACACUGUAAAAUGUUAUGACCAUUUUAUGAGGGGCAGAGACACAUUUGAAGAAUUCGAUGCUGAAGUACAUUCCAAGUUAAAGGAACUUUUUAAAGUACAUGAAAAUCGUGUAGAGGCUCUAGAAGAAGAAUUGAAAAGGUUGAAUAAAGAGAUUGCAAGUCGUGAAAAAGAGAGAGAAAGUGAGCCGGACCGUCUAGUGACUCUAAGAAAACUGAAGUCAUCUUUACAGGCAGAUGUUAAAAAAUAUGAAGCUUACAUGGACAAUUUGGAAUCUCAUUUGAACAGUAUCAGUCAAAAAUCAGAGAGUAUUACUGCGGAUCAUGAGGCUGCUGCCAUGGAAAUUGAAGCACUGAAAGAGGAGAAUGCUCGGCUGAAGCUCAUCUGUGAAAAUCAGAAAUAUUCCGUUUCAGAUAUUCAGAGACUAAAUUGUGAAAUAGAGGAGCUCCAGCAGACAGUCAACAAAUUAACUAAGGAACUGGAGGCAGAACAACGGCAGUUAUGGAAUGAAGAAUUAAAAUAUGCUAGAGGAAGAGAGGCAAUUGAAGCCACAUUGGCAGAUUAUCACAGAUUGGCUCGGAAGCUGAAACUUCUUCCUGUAAAUUCAAAGAAUGCUGGAGGCCUUGAUUUUGAAAUUAAGUUUAAUCCUGAUGCAGGACCAAACUGUCUGGACAAAUACAGAACUCAGAUUCGUACUCCCCUUCUGGACCUCAUCAACAAGACAGAAGACGAAAUUGCCAGUGCUACAAAGACAAAAAUUAGUUUAGAGGAUGCCUUAGAACAGGUGAGCAGGAUGGAAGCAGAACAGAUCAGCAGUGUGAAAAUGCUAAGAGAAGAAGCCCAAAAGCUUGAAGAUCUUUGUCAACAGAAAGUGAAGGAAGCUGAAGAAGAAGAAGAAAAGAGUAUCAAAGAGCUUGAAUUGUUGGAGAAACAUAAAAGCUUGCUUUAUAAUGGAGUCAAUGAAGGUGUCAGUGAGACUAUGAAAGAGCUACAUGAAGUUCGGUGCCAAUACCAGGUGGUUAUGCAAACAACAUCAGAAGAGAGCUGGAAAGUGGAGAAAAAUCUGCAACAUCUUCUGGAAUUGAUAUUCGCUCAUCUUGAGUCAGUGGAGAAGUACCUGACUGAACAGAAUACAAACAUUGAUCGACAAUUUCAUGAAUUUAUGUCAGAAGAUCCAUUGGCUAGUUUAAGAGAAAUCCUGGACAGCUACAAAAAGAAGGCCAAUAGUUUGUGUGCCAUAGAGGACUGAAUGAAAAUGUUACCUGCACUGGAUAUAAAUGUAUUCUGAUAUGGUUAACCAUGUUUAUUUCUACACACACAAUCUUUUUUAUUACAAUGUAUGUAUUUCGUAUAUGAGAAAAUUGUUUGAAAAAUAAAAUUAUUUCCCUUAUAGCUCAUUGAUUUAGCAAUAUAACUUACUAAUAACUCAUUAAUAACCCUCUCAAAGAGGGAGUAGUGGUUAAUCAAUUUAUUACCAUGGACAAAUCGGCAUGCCUCUGUACACACAAGGGAGAAUUGCAUUGCACAAAAAUAUUGGAAUUUACAUCAAAAUGCUUAUAAAAGAAAUACGUGAUUUUUUUAGAGUUUCUAAAAGGCUCAGGAAUUCCAUCUCCCCGCUUCUGUGGAAAGUGGUUAUUUCCGUUAUGCUUGCAAAUCUGCUUGCUAUUGCAAGGAUCCCAUUUUGGAGUUGGGCUGGAAGGUUGAUGGAAUCAGUGAUACAACUCAGACUAAAUUUUAAUUCAGUCUUGCACAUUUUUCUUAGAUCUACCACCCACUGUUUUUGCAAAUCUGUGAAAGGAACCCAGCAGCCACUGGCUGUAUUUUGUUUAAUGAACUGUUAAAAAAAAUAAGCAUUUGCUAGACAUGAAAACUGGAUAUUUGUUGAAAUUUGAACAUGUGUAGUUUUACUAUCCUACAGCUUUACAAAUUAAUUUUGAAAGCUUUAGCCAGGCUCUGCUGAGGCCACUUAAAAUAACCUUUUAACUAUUUAAGCAUAUGCAUAUCAUACAAGUAUGGAUACCUGUUUUUGCCCUCAAACAUGAUCAUGUUAGAUUUUGUAAUAAAAUUGUUUACAUUGCA